GGGGCGGUCUGGCGGGGUGAAGGGAGUGCGCGCGCGCGCUCUGCCGGCCCCGGUCCCUCCCAGCUACUGCGGCUCGCCCACGGCCACGUUGCCUCCGGAGAGGUCUGUGGGAUUCUGAGGACCGGGGUCGGAACUGCUGCCCGCCGCGCUCGGCCCGGGACGGAUGAUUUGGGAAAGGCCCCCUCAGAUGACAGCGGGCUUGUGAGCUCCCGGGGCCGGGUCUGGACGUGCGGGGUCCCCCAGACCUCAAGAGGGGCAUUUCAGGAAGUUCGGAGGAGGAGUCAGGUGUAAGGUUGGGGUUAAAAAGCAGCAAGGCAAAGAAUGCCUUCCAAGAGCACGUGGAACGACCGUGCGCCCGGAUCGCGACGGGCCCAGGGGGAAUAAAAGGCAAACGACUUGAUGAUAGGUCCAUGGAGACAAGUCGCACUGAAACACAGUGAGGACCCAGAACCGAGAGUGCGGGAACUGGGGGGCACGGCAGGCAGCCUGACCCGUGUGCGCCUGGAAACCGAGCUGCAGAGAGAGAACGGUUGGGGCCGCUGUGGCUAAGAAUUUUCCAAAAAUAAUAAAAGAUGGCGUGUGAGGCAGAGUGCCAGCCCCUGGGUGUGUUUGAGUGCCAGCUCUGCUCCCUGUCAGCUCCGUACAGCUACGUGGGGCAGAAGCCCCCCAACACCCAGUCUAUCAUCCUCUUGGAGGAGAGCUUCGUCACCAAGGACCCCUUCACCCCGGACAAGGACAGAUUCCUGAUCCUCGGCUCCAAGUGCAGCAUCUGUGGCCGGCUGGUGUGCGUGGGCCCGGAAUGCAGCCUGUUCUACUCCAAGAGAUUCUGCCUCCCUUGUGUCCAGCAGAACAUCCACGCCUUCCCUCAGGAAAUUCGGCACGACUUGGAGAAAAGGAAAGUUCCAUCGAAGAGGCCGGCCAGCCAGCCCAGCGCUCAGACCUGAGCGUGGCCUUGGUGUCCUGGGUCGGUGCCUGCUGAGCUGGGAGCGCAUUGUGUGCUGGCCCUGAUUGCUGGCCGGCUGGAGCCGCAGGGCGUGGGGUCCCGCCUGCAGCAGCAGCAGGGCCGGGCUGCAGGGCUCAGAGCUGUGGUCACUCGGGGCAGGAGCCCAGGGGAGCAGAGGCCAGGCCUGCAGGGCCCCUCGCUCCUGCCAGGGCGCCGCCCUCCCUGCAGGGUCUCCUUGGGCUCUCCCUGCUUGCACAUGGUGGCACCCGGAGCCCCGCGUGCCCUCCCUGCAAUGGGCCAGAUCCAGGAGUUGCCUGCGAGUGCCAGGCAGCUGCUGGGCGCGAAGGCCCGCGGUCCCGGAGUCGUCCCAGCCUGAGGAGGCCCCAGAGUCACCCCGGCACUCGGGAGGUUUCCUGUUGGUGCUUCCAGCCCCUUCUGUUCCCUUCUGCUCGGUUCCGCUCCAGGCCCAGCUCUGCGCCCAGAUGGGACCACCGUCGCCCAUCCUUCCGCCUCAUUCCAUGGCCUGCUGGCAGCCGUGUGCCCAGCCCCAGGGCUCCGGUCUUCGUGGCCCCCGCCGCCUCUGCCACGGAUCCACCUCACCGGGCAGAGUGUGAGAAGCGGCCGGGGGAAGGAAUAAAGAGCUGCCGCUGACGCUGACCAACCCUGUGCUGACCAACCGUGUGCCGCGCCGUGACCUCAGCCGCCCUUUUCACAGCUGCCUGCGUCACUUUACACAAACGCAUGUCCUACUCCGCAGCCACACGCUGCCCAACACGCUCUGUUCUCGGACAAAAAGGGGCUGUGCCCCAGUGACCCCAAAGUUGCCGCUGAGGGCAGACAGUGCUGCGUUUGGAGCGGGGGGCUUCACAGGCAACAGCUACCUCACAGCAUCACUCCAGCUCACCCAACCAGUUUUAAAAAUAGUUUAUUUUUGAAAACCAUUAAGGCAAAACGGUACCCUGAAAUUAACUCUUUACAUUCAUCAGUCUUACAGUAGGACAUUCCAAAUACAUAAGUUCCCGUAAAUUCAGGAUAUAAAUCAGUAUGUAUGAUCAGUUCAAUUUCCUAAUGGGAAAAUGAGUAAGACCCAAGAUUUUAAGAAUUAGUUAUCUGAGAACCAUUUUUAAUGCUGGAACCAAGACUGGUCAGCGUGACUGGGAAGUGCCAGGUGCCAGUGGCCGUUCUCCGCACGCCCAUCCCGGGCCCAGACGCCGAGCCUGCCGGGAAAUUGGUGCUCCGGAGCGCCUCCUGCCGAGUAUAAGCCCGAGGGGCCUGUCACCGACUCGCUUGGAGAGUGUAAGGCACGGGGAAUGGGGACGAGAGCACACCCGGGAGAGCAAGCCCCGGCCUCGCUUCGGGAGCCCGUUGUGUUCUGACGUGGGUCCCAGGGGCAGCACAGACCCUCAGCGGCCGCGAGCGCUGCUCAGAUCUGGAAGACUGCGCGCUGGUGGGAGACUCGGGGCCUGUGGUUUCCGUCUCUGCUUCGGGGUGGGCCGCCCUGACGCUGCCAGAAGAUCAGCCUGCGCAGAUGCUCCGUCAGGAGCGUCCGGAAGGCGGAGUCCUUUGGCACUGACCCGCGGGCACUCGUCCCCCGCAGGGCAGAGGGCGGCCACUGGUGGAGGUGAUGCAGACCAACCCACCGUGCCGCUCACGCACACAAAUAAAUUCCAGGAGACGUGAAAA